AAAUGGCGACAGCUAGCUUUCUAUUCUACGUUACCUGUCUCCUCCAGCUAACUUUUGUUUCUGCUAAAGCUCCAAACAUCCUCUUCAUUGUAGCAGACGACUAUGGUUGGAAUGAUGUUGGUUUCCGGAAUCCUGACGUCAUAACUCCAAACAUUGACAAACUGGCGCACAGCGGUAUGAUCUUACAAUCCUCCUACGUGAUGCCCGUCUGUACACCGUCAAGGAACUCGUUCAUGACUGGUCACUACGCCUACAAGUCCGGCCUUCAGCAUCUAGUAAUCCUUCCUGAGCAGGCUGCUUGUUCUCCCCUGAAUUACACCUUUCUACCACAGAAAUUAAAAGAGUUAGGGUAUACCACCCACGCUAUUGGAAAGUGGCACCUAGGAUUUUGUAAGUGGGAGUGCACCCCCACCUAUAGGGGGUUUGACACGUUCUAUGGUUAUUACAAUGGCCAGGAGGACUAUUACCAGCUUAGUGUUGCCGGUGGUAAGGACUUCAGAGACAACAAAACACCCGUUAAUGCCACGGGAGAGUACUCUGCACAUAUGUAUGCCAGAAGAGCUCAGUCUAUCAUUAUGGGUCAUGACAUGACUAAGCCAAUGUAUAUGUACCUGCCAUUCCAAUCUGUACAUGAACCUCUUCAGGUUCCAGAUUAUUAUAGUGCCAUGUAUCCAAAAGUGAAAACAGAGUCACGCAAAACCUACUUAGGUAUGGUAACAGCCAUGGAUGAAGCAAUAGGAAACAUAACUAAUGCAUUAAAAGCUAAAGGAAUGUUCAACGAUACACUUAUUAUAUUUACUGCAGACAAUGGUGGCUGGGUAACAUUUGCCGGAAAUAAUUAUCCACUAAGGGGAGGUAAGACCACAUUGUUUGAAGGAGGAACAAGAGCCACGGCAUUUAUAUCUGGGGCCGGGAUACAGAAAACUAACUCUGUCUAUAAUGGGAUUAUUCAUGCAGUGGACUGGAUGCCUACAGUUCUCAGUGCAGCUGGAGGAACACCAGACCCAAGUCUGGACGGAAUCGAUCAAUGGGACAGUCUAAGAACAGGAGGGGAGUCCAAGAGAACCGAAUUUGUUUACAACAUUGAUGAUAUGAAACCGGAGCUCUGUGGCCACGCCGCCAUAAGAAUGGGGGAUUACAAAUUAAUAGAUGGAUAUCCAGGAUUCUACCAAGGCUGGUACAAGCCUGACCAAGUGGUUAAAGACAAUCAUAACGAUGCCCCAGCCAACGUCACGUUUCCUUUUACAGACAAGUUGAUGCUUUUUAAUUUAAAAGAUGAUCCAAAUGAACACGUCGAUCUAUCCAAAAAGCUCCCGGAUGUGGUGUCAAAACUGAAGUCGAGGCUUGACUCUUAUCACAAGCAAAUUGUCCCUGCUCGUUACCCAUCGAAUACUAAAUCUGCAGCUCCCAAGAAUUAUGGUGGAUUUUGGACACCGGGAUGGUGCUAAUUCAAAUUUACAUAGUAAAAUGUUCAGUUUUGUUAAAUUAGAUAGGAUGGUUCUGGCACAAUAUCUUUUUGUUUGAGUAAACGUUAAUUAAGAUUAAAUUAUUAAUUUCCAAAGAAAUAAAUCUUGUUGAAAAGUGUAUUAAAUAUAAAUGUUAUACACAUGUAACAUAUAAAAGAUACGUGUCCUAAAUAACAAACACACACAGAGAGGCUAUGUUACUAUUUUGCGCUCAGAAAAAGAACCAAACGUAUCUAUUUACAAAGAAUUAUGCACAAGUGUUUGUAAUUUGAUUGGUAUACUAGUAUCGGAUUUAGACAACUAGUUAUUUAAAACACAUCUCAAAGACUCUGUACACGAUUUAUUUAAAGAAUUCACUUCGUUAUAUUGAAUUAAAAUUUUGAUAAACUU